AAAAAUUGGAUUAGUUAGGAGGUUAUUGUUAUUUUUGAUUGUUUAUUUUUAUUUGUUUUAUAAAAUCACAAUAACAAAUUAUGAAAAACAAUUGGUAUAGGCUUUUAUGCAAAAAAAGUGAAUUGCAGUUGCUAGGUUCCUUGAAUGGUGGCCAAAGUUUUAGAUGGAAGAAGCAUCCAAAAAAUGAAGAUCAGUGGAUAGGUGUGUUCGCAAACAAAGUAUGGAUUCUAAAACAGGAAGAAGAUUGCAUUAAUUAUCAGGUUUUUGAACCGAAAGAAUACAAAGGUGAACCUAUGGAAACAUACUAUAAUUCUUUAUUAAAAGAUUAUUUCCAAUUAGAUUUGAAUCUCACUAAACACUAUGCAGAAUGGUCUGAAUGUGAUAAGUAUUUUAAGGAAGCUGCGAAACAAUUUUAUGGUAUAAGAAUAUUAAAACAAGAUGUUGUUGAGAACAUAUUUUCCUUUAUAUGCUCUUCAAAUAAUCACAUUACGAGGAUAAGUGGCAUGGUUGAGAAAUUAGCCAAAUUCUACGGAAAUGAAAUAUGUGAAGUGGAAGGAGAAAUGUAUUAUUCAUUUCCAGAUGUUGAUCAGUUAGCUGGGAAUAAAGUGGAAGAUAAACUGAAGACUAAUGGUUUUGGAUAUAGAUCUAAGUAUAUUAGUAAAUCUGCGAAAUUCAUAGUAGAACAGGGUGGAAAUGAUUGGUUAGUUAAGCUUAAGAAUAUGCCCUACGAUGAUGCUAAGAAAUCUUUAAUGUCUUUGACUGGAGUUGGUGCUAAGGUAGCAGAUUGCAUAUGUCUAAUGUCUUUAGGCCAUCUUCAAGCAAUUCCUGUAGAUACACAUAUUUACCAAAUAGCAAAACGAUUAUACAUGCCAAGCUUGCCUAAUAAUAAAACUGUUACAGAAAAAGUAUAUAAUGACAUAGGAGAUAACUUCAGAAAAUUAUAUGGACCAUUAGCAGGCUGGGCUCACACAGUAUUAUUUUGUGCUGAUCUAAAAAAGUUUCAAGGAAAUAAUCUGGAAGAGAAUGAAGGAGACACGAAGCCGAAGAAAAAAAUGAAAUCAACUAAAUAAUUUGAAUCCUUGAUGUUUUUAAUCCAAUGAUUUUAAGUGUAUUUUUUAUUUUAUGUAUUAAGUUUUUAA